GUUGGCAGCACUGUUUGUUGUCUUUUGUGAAAGUGAAUAAGCAAUUUUUCCUGGAGCGCUAAAAUGGGACAAAAUCAAUCAGGAGCCGGUGGUGGAGGUGAUAAGAAGGAUGACAAGGAUAAGAAGAAGAAAUAUGAACCACCAAUCCCAACGCGGGUGGGUAAGAAGAAGCGCAAGGCUAAGGGACCAGAUGCUGCGAUGAAACUGCCCCUGGUGACCCCACACACUCGUUGCCGACUAAAAUUGCUCAAACUAGAACGUAUAAAGGAUUAUCUGUUGAUGGAGGAGGAAUUUAUUCGUAAUCAGGAGCGAUUGAAGCCACAGGAGGAGAAGAAUGAGGAGGAGAGGAGUAAGGUUGAUGACUUGAGGGGCACACCAAUGUCCGUGGGCACACUGGAGGAGAUUAUUGACGAUAAUCACGCCAUUGUGUCCACCUCCGUGGGAAGUGAGCACUAUGUUAGCAUCUUAUCCUUCGUGGAUAAGGAUCAGCUGGAACCAGGGUGCUCGGUGUUGCUGAAUCACAAAGUUCACGCCGUUGUGGGGGUGCUGAGUGACGACACGGACCCCAUGGUGACGGUGAUGAAGCUGGAGAAGGCACCGCAGGAGACGUACGCCGAUAUCGGUGGGCUCGAUACGCAAAUUCAGGAGAUUAAGGAAUCCGUUGAGCUUCCCCUGACGCAUCCUGAGUACUACGAAGAGAUGGGCAUUAAGCCACCGAAGGGUGUUAUCCUGUACGGCCCACCGGGUACGGGGAAGACUCUCCUGGCCAAGGCUGUGGCCAAUCAAACGUCCGCCACGUUCCUGCGUGUUGUUGGAUCGGAACUCAUUCAGAAGUACCUCGGAGAUGGCCCAAAGCUCGUGCGGGAGCUCUUCCGGGUUGCCGAGGAGCAUGCCCCAUCCAUUGUUUUCAUCGACGAAAUAGAUGCAGUCGGCACAAAGCGAUACGAUUCAAAUUCCGGCGGCGAGAGGGAAAUUCAGCGAACAAUGUUGGAGCUCCUGAACCAGCUGGACGGGUUCGAUUCGCGCGGAGAUGUGAAAGUCAUCAUGGCAACCAAUAGGAUUGAAACACUCGAUCCUGCCCUCAUUCGUCCGGGGCGUAUUGACAGGAAAAUCGAAUUCCCGCUGCCGGAUGAGAAGACAAAGCGUCGCAUCUUCAACAUUCACACCUCCCGGAUGACCCUGGCUGAGGAUGUGAAUCUCAAUGAACUCAUUAUGGCCAAGGAUGACCUCUCGGGGGCGGACAUCAAGGCCAUUUGCACUGAAGCCGGGCUCAUGGCACUCCGGGAGCGUCGAAUGAAGGUGACUAAUGAGGAUUUCAAGAAAUCCAAGGAGAGUGUCCUCUACAGGAAGAAGGAGGGCACCCCCGAGGGACUCUAUCUAUAAACUUUCUUUACUUAUCAAGGAUAAAUAAUUGUAUUCUGCUUUUCAUUUAUCACACCCAAUAAAUCCCCCUCUGUGGGCAAUUAAUCUUU